AUGUCUACUAUUACACCUACUAUUGCAACGAACUGUACUUUACCACCCAUUGCUGAUAUCCUUAUAGCUAACAGCAACAAGGAACAUAAUCAGCGUAGUCGUUCAACUUCAGUACUUGAUAUUGCCAAUCUGUUAACUGAUUCGCCUUCCUUGGUUCAUACACCCUCGUCACCGGUCAGUACCAUAGCAUCGACAAGCUCUAUUGAUACCGAACAUUAUAACAACAUUAACACUCCUGUCUUCAAACAGACAGUGACUGUAGCAGCAAUAACUCCUCUUCCAGAUUGUUAUACCAACGAACAACAAAAUAAAAAUUCUUGUUACUCGUCAUAUUUUUCGCACCAUCAACAGCACCACCAUUUUCAUAGCGAUGAGUCGGAUAAUAAGUAUAUUUACCUUAAAGCCAAAAGAAAGAGAGCUUCGGCCAACCAGUUAAUGGUCCUAAAUAGUAUUUUCAGCCAAACUUACUUUCCUUCCACUGAGAUUCGUAUUGAGCUUGGUAAAAAACUAGGCAUGAGCCCUCGCACUGUUCAAAUUUGGUUCCAAAAUAAACGCCAAGCGCUUCGUGCUCGUGGUAGACAACAACAGCAACGACAUUCACAGUUCCAAAUGCCUGGCGUGCUUACCACUGCCGGAAACCAUAACUAUCAUCCUAAUCCUCGCUGCUACCGCAAAUAUCGUCCGUUUGUAAAAGCAGUAGCACAGGACGAAGAAAAUAAUGACAAAGCCUACUGCAACCUUCCGCCACUUCUGUCACCGCCUCGAUCACCCACUUCUCUUAGCGAACAACAUAGAACACCAAAAUAUUCUUUGCCCCCUUUAAACAUGCCUUUGUCAACAGCAGAACAACGAUUCCCUUCUUCGCCUAACUCAUGCUCAUCUCAUCCUACAUUUAAUUCAUCUAUUGACUUUCUAUCUUUUCCGUGA